UGUUGUUUGAUUAGUUUGUUUUGUUUUUUAUUUAUAUUUUUUUAAGUUAAAUCGAUUUUAUCGUUUGACGGGGAAGGUUGGGAGAUAAUCACGAUGGGGAAAGGAGGCGGAUGCGUUCCGAGCAAGAAGAAGAAGCCGUCCUCUCUCGCCACCACCACCGCCGCCGAUGGUCCCGGAACCGACGAUGCUCCGAUCCCAAUCGAGGACGAUCGCACGACGACGACGGGAACGACGACGCCGGCGAUCACGGCGAGGACGACGAUCUCUCCGCCGCCGCUGAAGAUCUUCGUGGUGUUCUACUCGAUGUACGGACACGUGGAGAGCUUGGCGAAGAGGAUGAAGAAGGGAGCGGAUGGAGUGGAGGGGGUGGAGGCGAAGCUGUACAGAGUGCCGGAGACGCUUUCUCAGGAGGUCGUCGAGCAGAUGAAGGCUCCGGCGAAGGAUUCGGAGAUCCCGGAGAUAACGGCGGCGGAGCUGGCGGAGGCGGAUGGGUUUCUGUUUGGGUUUCCGACGAGGUACGGGUGUAUGGCGGCGCAGAUGAAGGCUUUCUUUGACUCGACGGGACAGCUGUGGAAGGAGCAGACGCUUGCCGGGAAGCCAGCUGGGUUCUUCGUGAGUACGGGGACUCAAGGAGGUGGACAAGAGACCACUGCAUGGACAGCAAUCACACAGCUGGUGCACCACGGGAUGCUGUUCGUCCCCAUAGGCUACACAUUCGGAGCAGGAAUGUUCAAGAUGGACUCGAUCCGUGGAGGCUCACCUUAUGGAGCGGGUGUGUUCGCUGGUGAUGGCUCAAGAGAAGCUACGGAGACAGAGUUGGCUCUUGCUGAACAUCAAGGAAACUACAUGGCUGCAAUUGUCAAAAGACUUGCACAACCUUGAGCCCUGAUGGCUUCUUUAUUUCUCUUGUUUUAUUCAAUUCCAUCCAUUUUUUUCGGAGUGUUUUUUUUUUAAAUUUCGCCAUUAUCGGAAGAACAUUGAACCAUAUCAUAAGGUUCUUACGUUAAUGGUUGUGUGUACAUGCUUCUUCUUUUUCUUCUUAUUACUAUUGUCUCUUUGAUUAUUUUCUACAAAUGUGAAUUCCUAUAAAAUAAAAAGAUUAUUGUGUUUCUUUUA